CAACAAAUGCCCAAAAAUCCACUGUUCCGCCCAGAAACAAAAAAAAAAAAAUUGGGAAUUUCCGUUUUCAUUCAACUCUUUUUCUCUUUUCCAUUCAAACAAUUUUAAACAAAAUAAACGUCUGAAAAAUGGUCCUUAACGCUUUUAUGCUUCAAAGAAGAUAUCCACAAUUACAAGUGAAUGAUAUCAACAAUUUGAUAGAUCGUUUCGGCGAAAUCGAUUUGGAUCAAGAUGGCUACCUUGAUCAAAAGGAAAUUCAACAAGCCUGUAAGGAAACUGGUUAUAGUGAUAACUAUGAUGAAAUUCGUGCUACACUCAAAGACGUCAGUACCAAUGCCUCUGGUAAGAUUGAUGUAGAAGAAUUUAUUGAGCUUGCUGCCAAGCUAAAGGAAGGUAGAAAUAAAGGAGCUUUCGACGUACAUCAAAACAAAAUUAAAGUGCACGGUUCAAAUGCCAACGUCACCCAUACCAUCAACGAAGAUGAACGUACUGAAUUUACCAGACAUAUCAACGGUGUGCUUGCCGGUGAUGCUCACAUCGGUCAUCGUCUACCUAUUCCUUUGCACACAAUGCAACUUUUUGAUGAAUGUAGAGAUGGUCUCAUUUUGUGUAAGUUGAUCAACGACGCUGUCCCUGAUACCAUUGAUGAACGUGUUUUGAAUACUGGCAAAAAGAUCAACAACUUCCAAAUGGUGGAAAACAAUAAUAUUGUCAUCAAUUCAGCAAAGGCCAUUGGCUGCUCAGUAGUCAAUAUAGGCUCUACUGACAUUAUUGAAGGUCGUGAACAUUUAAUUUUGGGUCUAAUUUGGCAAGUUAUCAAACGUGGUCUUUUAAGCAAGAUCGAUAUUAAGCAACAUCCUGAAUUGUACCGUCUUUUGGAAAAUGAUGAAACACUUGAAGAUUUGUUGAAAUUACCACCUGAUCAAAUUUUAUUAAGAUGGUUCAAUUAUCAUCUGAAGGCUGCUAAUUGGGAAAGAAGGGUGGCCAACUUUUCUAAAGACGUUGCUGAUGGUGAAAACUACACUGUCUUGUUAAAUCAACUCAAACCUGAAGUUUGUUCUCGUGCUCCUCUUCAGGAGCGUGAUGUACUUCGUAGAGCCGAAAUGGUCUUGGAUAAUGCUGAAAAGAUCGAUUGCCGUAAAUACUUGACACCGAAGGCUUUGGUGGCUGGUAAUCCCAAGCUGAACUUGGCUUUCGUUGCUCAUUUAUUCAAUACCCAUCCUGGACUGGAACCUUUGUCUGAAGAAGAAGCUCCUGAAAUUGAGGACUUUGAUGCGGAAGGUGAAAGAGAAGCUAGAAUGUUUACACUUUGGUUAAACAGCUUGAACGUUGAUCCUGGUGUAUAUAAUUUAUUUGAAGAUUUACAGGACGGGUUGAUUUUAUUACAAGCUUUUGAUAAAGUAGUCCCUGGUAGCGUCAAUUGGCGCAAAGUCGGCAAAAAUCAGCCUCUUUCUAGAUUCAAGCAAAUUGAAAACUGUAACUAUGCUGUUUUACUUGGUCAAGAGCUCAAGUUUUCUCUUGUUGGUAUUCAAGGCUCAGAUAUUGUUGACGGUCAGAGAACUCUGACUUUAGGACUUACAUGGCAAUUGAUGCGUGAAAAUAUCAUUCAAACUUUGAAAUCACUUACAAAGGAUGGUCGUUCUGUUACUGAUCAAGACAUGAUUCGCUGGGCUAAUGAUACCGUACAGCGUGGCGGAAAGCAAUCAAAAAUGAACUCAUUCAAGGAUAGGGCUCUCAGUACCGGUAUCUUCUUUUUGGAUGUAUUGAAUGGUAUUAAGCCUGGUUAUGUCGACUACAACCUUGUGACUAGGGGUACAACUGAAGAAGACGCUUUCAACAAUGCUAAACUUGCUAUUUCUAUUGCUCGUAAAUUGGGUGCUACCAUCUUCUUGGUACCAGAAGAUAUUGUUGAAGUGAGAAGUAAAAUGAAUCUGACAUUCAUCGGUAGUCUAAUGGUUGUCGACAGAGAAAUCAAUCACACCUCAUGAAUUAUCUAACUCUCAUUAAAUACAAACGUACUAUUAUACUCAUCUUGCUAUCUUAGGUAUCUAACGUCUAAUUUUCCUAUAUCUAUUCUUAAAUAAAAACAACCUUGUACAUUACAGCUUAUUGCAUAAUGAAAUCCACCAAAUUUAAAAAUAUGGCCCUUUGAACGUGAGAUCUGCACUUAUGUCAAAGCAUAUGCAUUAAAUGUGACGU